UUUCCGGGCCGUCCCCCGGCUUUCCUGCUACUGUUCACACUCCACAGUACGGAAGGCUAUUGCAGGCAAGCAGCUCCGGCGCCGAAUCCGAACCCUAACCCUAGCCGAUUCGGUUCCGGGCCACGGCGCGCACGGACUCCGAGGGGAGCGGCGGCGAUGGAGGAGCAGGUGCCUCGAGGCGGCGGGGGGAGGCCCCCGAUCCCGGCGGGGGGGAGGAGGCCGGCGCUCGCGAGGCACGCCUCCUUUGUGAGGAGUCCUGCAAACAGUACAAGGCCUGAAACUGAGAGAACUUUUGAAAGCAUGGACAUUGAAUUUAUUCCAGUUAUACGGUCUGGAGGCUGGGCUGAUAUUGGGUCAAGGCACUCAAUGGAGGAUGUGAUCAUUUUCUCUGAUAAUUUCAUGCAAGAUUUUGGAUUUGAAAGUUAUGAAGAAGGCCCCAGUGCCUUUUAUGGGGUUUUUGAUGGACAUGGUGGAAAGCAUGCCGCUGAUUUUGUGUCCAGCAAUUUGCCAAGGUUUAUUGUUGAGGAUGAGGGAUUCCCAAGGGAGAUAGCAAAAGCAGUGUCCUCUGCAUUCUUGCAGACUGAUGCUGCUUUUGCAGACGCUUGUUCUCUGAACUGCGAACUUGAUUCUGGCACAACUGCGCUUGCAGCACUUGUGGUUGGGAGGUCACUUCUGGUUGCGAAUGCUGGUGAUUGUCGAGCUGUACUUUGUCGUCGUGGAAAGGCAAUUGAGAUGUCUAGGGACCACAAGCCAUCUUGCAACUUAGAGAAGAUGCGUAUUGAGGCAUUGGGUGGAUAUGUUGAUGAUGGCUACCUGAAUGGGCAGCUCAAUGUUGCACGAGCAAUCGGGGACUGGCACAUGGAAGGCAUGAAGGUGUGUGGUGGUCUAGGCCCUCUUAGUGCCGAGCCUGAGGUAAUGACAAUGGAUCUUACUGAGGAGGAUGAAUUCCUGAUCAUGGGUUGCGAUGGGAUCUGGGAUGUAUUCCGCAGCCAAAAUGCGGUAGAUUUUGCCCGCCGGAAGCUCCAAGAGCAUAAUGACCCAGCUGCUUGCUGUAAAGAACUAGUUGAUGAGGCCAUCAAGAGGAAGAGCGGCGAUAACCUUUCUGUGGUUGUCGUCUGCUUCAACUCUAGGCCACCUCCUGUCCUAACAGCUCCGAGGCCUCGUGUACAGCGGAGCAUAUCUGCGGAAGGACUGAGGGAGCUGCAAAGCUUCCUUGAUAGCCUGGCCGAUUGACAUGGGGCUCUAGGAGCCCCAGUAUACUGUAAGUUUUGACCUUUUCCAUAGCUUAGCUUGGAAAAUAGGUUUAGCAUGAGCUGUCUUAUAAUUUCGCUGAGAUGGCUGUUGUUGAGUAAUCCGGAGUUGUAACAUAUGCUGCGGCUAAUUGUCUCUGCAGUUGAGAGUAUUUAUUGGUUUCUGGGACAUGUUAACUUUGUAAGUCUCAAAUGAUCAGAGUCGACAUUUCUUAGAUCUCGAUGAAUUAGUGCUGGUUUUGGUAAAAGGAGAUUAAUGUUCUUGAAUA